AUGGUUCCAACAGCAGUAUUCAUCAUCCUACCCGUUGUCUUCGUUUCCCUCUGGAUUACUAUAUGUGUGUUGAGUAUUAUUUGUCGGAGCAGAGUUUCUAAUGGCAAAGUUAGCGGCGGUGGUGUUGGUGCUUAUGAUGGGAACCAAGUCAAUAUAGAUAUUGAUGAUGGUGGUAGCGGCGGAUUUAACCACGACAACAACAAUGGAUGGGGCAGUGACGCUGGAGGUGGCGGCUAUGACUUUGGUGGGGGAGGAGGAUAUGACUUUGGAGGUGGAGGUGGAGGCGGCGGAGGAGGAGGAUGUGACUUUGGAGGUGGUGGUGGUGGUGGUGACGGUGGCGGAGGUGGGGGAGGAGGAGGAGGGUGUGAUUCUGGAGGCGGCGGUGGUGGUGGAGGCUCAUCUGGCUAA